CCUCCUCGCCGCACGACCCCUUUCCUCUCCUCUUCCUCUUGAUCCUUCUCCUCCUCCUCGCCGCACGACCGCCUUCCUCUCCUCUUCCGUCUCUCGCCGUCGCGGGCUCGCCGUCGCUCGCAGCUCGUCUUUGCUCCCUCGCCCUCGCCUCCAUCCUCCAUCUUCCGGACACGCGUGUCAAAACGUGUUUGACCCAUAAGACGAAAAAGUCAUGAAGCUGCGGAAACUACGCGUGCAAUGAUUGUUCUCUGCUGUUUGAGCAUUCCUCUACUUCGUGUUUGACCACUGAGACAUUUCUGCUGAGACAUUUCUGCUAGUCCUAGAUCUGGGAUUUUGCAUCUCUCCUCUGUUUCCUCCUCUAUCAAUCUCGUUUACGAUCCUUUCGAGAUGAAAAGAAGAGAAUUCGCUCAUUCAGAAGAUUCGAUCUACGAGGUGUCUUCCUCAUCGACUUCCCCACAUGUAGGUGAUUAUAAAGGCGGAACCAAAGGGUUGAAAGGAAAUGAAUACGAUGUGUUUUUGAGCUUUAGAGGGGAAGACACUCGCAAAGGCUUCACUGAUUAUCUCUAUACUAGCCUUGUCGAGAAAGGAAUUCGUGUGUUCAGAGACGACAAUGAGCUUCGUGUUGGUGAGAAGAUUGGUCCGGAGCUUCUUUGCAGCAUUAGGCAGUCCACAAUUUUGAUCCCAAUUAUCUCCGAGAACUACGCAUUCAGCAAAUGGUGCCUUCGUGAGUUGGCUCAGAUGUUGAAGUGCAAGAGAAGCAGACAACAAAUAGUGUGGCCUAUCUUUUACAAAGUGAAACCCUCGCAAGUGCGCCAUCUUAAGGGGAGAUUCGAAGAUGCUAUCAAGGCACAUAAAGAGAAUGGGGACGAAAUGGUUUUGAAGGAAUGGAAAAAAGCGCUCAAAGAAGUGAAGGAAUGGGAAGCAGCUCUCAAAGAAGUUGGUUCUUUGAAAGGAUGGGAAUCGGAUAAGAUUCAUAAUGGGCACGAAGGAGCAUUUGUUAAAACUAUUGUCACAAACGCUAUGAGCAAGUUAAAAAGGUUUUUUCUACUAAAUGUUCCCAAGCAAUUGGUGGGAAUUGAUGAUCGUAUCAAUGACAUUAUGAGCUCAAUAGAUGAUAAAUUAUAUGACACAAAGAUUAUUGGACUUUGUGGAAUGGGCGGCAUCGGUAAGACGACUCUUGGAAAGGUGUUAUACAACAAGCUCUCUAGUCAUUUUGAGUCUCGUAGCUUUGUGGAAAAUAUUCAAGAAACAUAUCAGCGCCAGGGUAUUGAAUGCAUACUGAACAAACUCAUUGAAGAUAUAAUAGGAAGUUCGAGACACGUGUCUAGUGUUGACGAGGGAAUAGGUGUCAUCAAAUCUCUAUUUACAAGAAAGAAAGUCUUAGUUCUGCUUGAUGAUAUGGAUGAUAGUACUACUCACUUGAAUGCUUUGGUCAAAGACAGUAGUUGGCUUGGAGUAGGAAGUAUAGUCAUCAUUACAACCAGAAACAAGAGCAUUCUCGAUGAGGCUAAGGCAUGCUACAUAUACCCACUUAAUGAGUUGUCUAUGUAUCAAUCAUUGAUUUUAUUUAGUCGACAUGCAUUUCAAAAGGAUUCUCCUCAGAGUGAUUAUGAGGUUAUUUCUCGUGAUGUUGUAUCUACUACGGGGGGGCUUCCAUUAGCUCUUGAAGUUACCGGUUCAUUCUUAUGUGGAAAGAGAAGAGAAGUAUGGAAAGAUACAUUAGAAAAAUUAGAAAAAAUACCUGAUAAGAAAGUGCAAGAGACAUUGAAGAUAAGUUAUGAAGCAUUAGAACAUGAGCAAAAACAGAUAUUUUUGGAUAUUGCUUGCUUUUUCAUUGGAUCAUCAAAACAAAAUCCAACUUACAUGUGGAAUGCCUGUGGUUUAUUUCCGGAGAGGGGGAUUGAAGUGUUGAGUCUUAUGUCCCUAAUUAAAAUUGACGGAGAUGGUAAGCUAAUGAUGCACGAUCAAUUGAGAGAUCUGGAAGAGAAAUUGUUCGUCUGGAAAAUCCAAAUGAGCCUCAAGAGCAUAGUAGAUUGUGGAUCUAUGAGGAAGCCUUAGAUGUGCUUGAUAACAAUGAGGUAAGAGUUUUCUUUACUUGUCUUAGUUGGUGAAUGUGGGUGCAUCUUCCAUUUCUUGUUUGAAAUAAAAAUAACUGUCACUCUGAGUCCCCAAAACUUGUUGCAUCUACUAGCAAAGGAGCUCUUUUGAUUAAUUGCAGUAUUUGCCUAAUUCAAGAUUAUAAUUGAGAAGCAAUUUCUUGGUUAUGGACGAUUGAUAUAUAUAUCUUUACAUGGUAGUAUGGUGAUGAGGAUACUCUCCUUUUGGUAACUUCAAUGCAAAAACAAGACUACAAAAGCAGA